AUGGGCAGCGUGGGGGGGCCCGGUGGAGCCCUGCGGGUGCUGGUGUCGGUGGCCGCCGGACUGCUGGCCUGCGGCGUGGCCAGCGAGUACGACUAUGUCAGCUACCAGUCAGACCUGGGCCCUUACCCUGGCGGGCGCUUCUACGCCAAACCCCACCAGUGCGUGGCCAUCCCUGCCGACCUGCGGCUUUGCCACAGCGUGGGCUACGACAAGAUGGUGCUGCCCAACCUGCUGGACCACGAGACCAUGGCCGAAGUGAAGCACCAGGCCAGCAGCUGGGUGCCACUGCUCAACAAGAAUUGCCACAUGGGCACCCAGGUCUUCCUCUGCUCCCUCUUUGCCCCCGUGUGCCUGGACCGGCCGGUCUACCCCUGCCGCUGGCUCUGCGAGGCCGUGCGUGACUCCUGUGAGCCUGUCAUGCAGUUCUUUGGCUUCUUCUGGCCAGACAUGCUCAAGUGCGACCAGUUUCCCCAGGAUGAUGUCUGCAUUGCUAUGACAGCUCCCAAUGCCACCGAGGUCUCCAGGCCCAAAGGAACGACUGUGUGUCCCCCUUGUGACAACGAGAUGAAGUCGGAGGCCAUUGUGGAGCACCUGUGUGCCAGCGAGUUUGCUCUUAAGAUGACCAUAAAGGAAGUGAAGAAGGAGAAUGGGGACAAGAUGAUCAUUCCACGGAAGCGGAAGGCACUGAAGCUGGGGCCCAUCCGGAAGAAGAACCUGAAGAAGCUGGUGCUGUUCCUAAAAAAUGGGGCAGACUGUCCCUGCCAUCAGCUGGACAACCUCAGCCACUACUUCCUCAUCAUGGGCCGCCAGGUGAAGACUCAGUACCUGUUGACAGCCAUCUACAAGUGGGACAAGAAGAACAAGGAGUUCAAGAAGUUUAUGAAGAAGAUGAAAUCACCCGACUGCCCGACGUUUCCGUCCGUUUUCAAGUGAUGUGGUGGGUGGUGGCAGAGCCACUGUCUGGACCUGCACAGUUGGGUACGGCGGCUCGGUCUCGCUACUCUGCAGCAGGAAUGCUGGAGCCAAGCCCUCCUGCUCCUCCAUCCUGCUCCUCAGAGCUCCCUCACUGAUCUCAGCCCUUCCACAUCCCCGCUGCUGGCGUUGGCCUGGUCACCUGGGCAUGUGAUGUGUGUGCACCAGUCGCUGAGGUCACACACAAUUUCUAUCUGCAUUGUCUAAAGACCUGUUACUGUACAGAUCUGUACAACCGUUGAAAUAGCAGCUGCCAGGUAAAGAGGGAAAGCAGAGGGGUAUGCGCUGAUGUUAAGAGCUUGCAUGCUUACAGAAAGGACCCUCAUGACCAUGUCACUCCUGUCUCCAUGGCUGCAGGAUUGCCCUGAAUUCCUGUAUGAACCAGAGCUGUCUGAUUAGACAGAGAUCCCAUCUUCAUGAUCAAAGUUAAUAAAUGAGUAGUGGAGAACCCGUUACAACCUCUGAUAAGAAUUCCUAAUAGCUAAUUGCCCUCACUGUAAAAAUAUCCCAUUAUAGUCUUAACCUGCUUAGUUUAAGCCUUAACCGUGGUUCCUUGUGGUGCCUUGAUGGGCUGGAGCCCUCCCUCACCAGCAUCUCUUGUAAUGUCUCCCUGGGUGCCUGCCUUGGCAUCUGCUGUGCCAGCUGAGCCUCUUUUGCCCAGUACUGUGCUGCACCCAGGUAGCCUUUGAGUCUCCACACUGUGCCCAUUGUGUUGGUGCAGGGGGACAUGGGCAGAGGGGACUCUCUGCCUAUACUGGUGCCUUUGGCCUUGUGCAGGCCCCUGUCCACAGCAGUGGCCAGCUGAAUGCUCUACCCUCGGCCUGCCGUGGCAGUUCCUGUGUGCAAGUGGCCUGAGCUGCUGGUGCCCAGACCUGUCUUUCCAUUUCAAGCCCGUGCAAAGGUUCAGUUGCUGGCCUGCCCAGGGCUUUGGCUGGGGGGAGCUCAUGGCCAGCUCCUCCAGCUUGUGUCACUCCCUUUUACCAGUGAUGUUUUUAUAGUUCCUUUAGGCUGCUGGCAAAGUACCAGAGUGCAAAAAGCCAAGGACUUGUCCCUGUGGAAUGCCACAGGGAACGUAUCGUCUCUGUCUUUCCCUCUUUGCUGUGGGACCCAUCAGUCUGGGUUUUUUUCUGUUUGAUCUGUGACAGCUUGGCUCUCUAUCAUUAUGUCUUUUUUGCCCUAAUCAAAAUGUCAUGUUUGUAUGAUUUCAAAUAGUUUAUGAAAGACAAAUAUCUUACCCAAAUGAUUACAUUUAUCAACCAAGCUGAAAUUCAUUAUUCUGUGAAUUGGACUAGUUCUCUUUUUCAUAGACCCAUACCACUCCAUAUUCAUAAUCCUUCUUCCAUUUAGUAUUCUCAUCCAUCAACAGUACUCUAAGAGAAUGAAUAUCUGACAUCUGAGAUAAUCCUGUUGUAUCACAGUUAAGUGAAAUAACAUAUCCUCAUUUUUGAGGUUUGAACCAAACCCCCUCAAAACUAGUAAAUUAAUUAUUCCUUAGCUUGGGAGUGGUGCUUAUUCCCCACGUGGGAACAGAGCCACGGACUUGGUUGUAGAAGAAUUGUGUUAACAAGCCGAGUACUCUGAGGAAUGAUGUUUCACAGCUAACAGAGAGAUGGAUUUAGGAUGUGAACUUUGUAGAGUCUCCCUAGGCUGUCUUAGACCACCAUUUGUAGUAGUGUUGUUUCUUUAUUGCAAAAUUAAUCAUUGUAGAUAAUGUGCUUUAUUAGUGAAGUAAAGAAAUAAAUAAACCAUGGGCUUUAACAUCA